AUGUUACCAACUCUUCCUGAAUAUAAAGCUCUUGAAGCAAAAUAUGAACAAAUGAAAACAUUUGUUAUGAAAGAAGCAUUUAGUAAAGAUCCAGAACGAUUUAAAAAGUUUUCACUUCAAUUUGAAGAUAUUUUUGUAGAUUAUUCAAAGAACCUUAUUGAUGAAGAAACAAUGAAACUUUUAAUUAAAUUAUGUGAAGCAGUUCAUUUAAAAGAAAAAAUUGAAGCAGAAUUUACAGGAGUUAAAAUUAAUACUACAGAAAAAAGAGCAGUUCUUCAUACAGCACUUAGAAAUAGAAGUAAUAAUCCAGUACUUGUUGAUGGAAAAGAUGUUAUGCCAGGUGUUAAUGCAGUUCUUAAUAAAAUGGGAAAAUUUGCAGAAGGAGUAAGAAAUGGAAGUAUUAAAGGAUAUACUGGUAAAGAAUUUACAGACAUUGUUAAUAUUGGAAUUGGAGGAAGUGAUCUUGGACCUGUUAUGGUUACAGAAAGCACUUAA